AUGGUACGAGGUAUAGCUUCAUGGCGACAUUCGAUCACGCAAAAAGCAUCACAAUUACACCUGAAAGUUGCCACUCGUUGCAUAUCAAUCAAUCAUAGAUCUGUACCUCAAGAAGCAACAUCAUUAUCAUCGUCUGAUGCAAACGACAGUAGCGAUACAUUGUUGAACAAGACAGUAACGGAUUCCGAAAACAUUGGCCAAGUGACCCAAUUGAAGCCGUAUCAGACUUUAGAAACAGCCAAAUUUGAAAGUUUGGGAACUCCUCCCACCAUCUUGUCGAUUCAUUCACCACCUUCUGUGCCCAUUUACUUGCGUCGUGGAUCGUUGUUGUCAAUAUACGGAUUGAAAUCGACCGCCAACAGCAAUAACAACAGUGACAAGACUGGAACUUUUGUUGACGACGGACCAAUAAUACGUAACACUAUAGAAUAUCCGCAUUUAUGGAAACGUUUAUUAUUGUUUGGUAAAUUUCAAAGUUUCCAAAAAUUGAUUUCAACAAUUCCCAUAUCGUUAUUAAUCAGUAGCAAGAACAAAUCAUCCGGCCACAAAGCAAUCACGACAUCAUCAUCAUUUGUCAAUGUGAUACUAGAUGGACUGAAUGACUGGGCAAUUUUAAACAAGAAUGCCAUUCAAGUCUACACCGGAAACUCAUUACUGGUUUCAUUACAUAGUUUACCACGCUACAUUUCCAAAAAAUUGGCCAAACAAAUGAAUAAUGGAACCCAAAACAGCAGCGGAUCCAAGGGAACGCGGGUUGAAACGGGUUUACGAAGCUUAUGGAACCGGGGAUAUACUUUACUAAGUGGUCGAGGACAAGUUGGACUUGUGGGUAAUGGAGGCAUAUAUCAAUUGGAUAUUGGUGAACACGAAGAGAUUUUGAUUAACAAAUGGGCAUUGUUGGCGAUAACUGUGAAUGGACCGUUUGAUUUGGAAAAUUGUGUAAUAAAGGAUACGUCAACUAUAUCACAGCAAAGUCAACUUUCGGUGACAUCUGCGCCAUCAGCGGCAUUGUCAUCAUCAGUAACAUCAUCCCCAUUGUCGUCGUGGUGGUCACGGUUACUGUUGCUGCUGCUAAUCAAAAGAUCCAAUAACCAAGUUGCCAACCACACUACAAAUACAAUCAGUACGACUACUACUAAAGCUCCACCCACCACAGCUUCACCAACAACUUCACCUACAGCUUCACCUACAGCUUCACAAAUAUACCACCAAUUCAAAUACUACACGUCAAAAAUCUCCCAUGGGACCAAAUCACUCAUAUCAUCCAUCCACAAAACUUAUUUGAAAUUACGCACAAAAUGGACAAUUUUCACACUAGGAACCAAUGAUUUUGUUAAAAUUGUAGGACCAAGGAAUGUACUCGUUCAGUCUAGUUUUCAUACACCAAACCAAAGACAGCAACAACAUGGGGGGAUUUACCAACUGAAGAAAUUGCAAUUGUUGCCAUCCGAUACUCAUGAAUAUGUCGCUGUCUCAUUACCAUCGAAAAAGAAUCCCAAGGAUUAUUUAAGUUAUGUUACAAUUGACCCUGAAAAGGGUGCUGUUUUUGCAAACACACCCAAUUUCAAACAAACAGUUGAUGAAAUUGAACGUAAACAAAACUAA